AUGCCUCCGAACAACACCAACCGCCAAGGCAACCAACGCGCCAACGGCACCGCCAGCCGGCAGUCCAACACCAGCCGCAACACCACCACCACCAGCACCCGCACAACAACAAACAACAGCUCCUCCACCUCCACUCACAAAACCCGCAACCCCCACUUCGGUCUCGAGAUCGAAAUCUUCGUGCGCGUCAAGAGCAAUGUCGAGUCCGGCGUCCUCGCUGCCAUGCGCGACGGCACCCCCAUCAACCCGCUAUGGCGCCAGUUCGACUUUAACUUGAAUAACUACCGCGAUGAGACGACGAUUGGGCGCCGUGGGUUGCAGCGGGAGGUGGUGGGGAAGCUGAUUAAGAGCAUGCUGGAUAAUGAGCUGGCGGAUGAUCAUGGGUGGAUUUGUGAGGCGGAUGCUAGUUUGAAGGAGUGGACGCUGCAGGACCCGUCGCCGAGGGCGAAUAAGUGGUGGGGCAUCGAAAUCAUCUCACCGGCCCUCGCGGCCAACAGCGACUGGCAAGACCAAAUCAAGCGCGUCUUCAGCGCCGUCACCGCCACCUUCGAGCUACGCACCGCCGAAGUCUGCGCCUGCCACGUCCACGUCUCCCCCGGCCCCAACAAAAAAGCCGACUACACCAUGGACCAAAUGCUGCAAAUCAUCAAAGGCGCCUACUUCUUCGAAGAAGGCUUCCGCGGGCUCCUCCCCCAAGAACGCCGCGUCAACCGCUACGCCCUGCCCAACUACGAAUACUACGGCCGCGACGAGUACCGCUCCGUGCCCUCCAACGGCUGGGCGCCCGUCUUCAAAAAGAUCGACGCCCUCAAAAGACUCAACACCACCUCCGCCGUCGCCAAGCGCAUGACCGUCGCCAAGGAACACCUCCCCGUCGACGACGACGACCGCUACACCCGCUACACCUCCUCCAACCUCGGCGCCUACCUCCGCCACCACACCAUCGAAUUGCGUCGCCAGGCCGGUGUCGCGUCGGCCCGUACCGCUAUUCGUCGCGUGUUGUUGGCGCUGACCCUGCACACGGCGUCGUUGAAGUUUGACUUUGAGAAGGCGGGCAGGGCCCAGGGGAGACGGUACCUCAACACGGAGGAUUUGAUUCCGAUUUUGUUUACGUCGCUGAAUAAUGAUCUGCCGAAGAAGGCGUAUGAUGGGGCCGCGUUUAAGACGUGGAUGGAGGACUGUGAGAAGAAUUAUCGCCGGGAGAGCAUGAACUUCACUAUCUUUGAUGAAGUCGAGGUCAAUGAUCGUGAGCAUAGUUAUCACGUCCGCGGCAAGGCUUAUCCCCCCGGCGCCGACGGCCCCGGCGUCUCCACCGAACGCCGGCGCGCAUCCGGCGCCACCCUAGUCGCCCCGCGCCCGCCAUCCCGCGCCACAGCCUCCGGCGCCACCAUCAUCCAACGAGUCCCCGCCUCCUCUCUCUCCAGCAACAGUCCGCGGGUGAUCACCGUCGAACAACCGGGGCAGCCGACUGUGCACUACCCCACGCCGCUGCCGAUUCGGGCGCCGGUGGUGAGUGUUGGUGGGCCGGCGAGGACUACGGGGGUUUCGUCGUCGGGGGAUAGUUAUUAUUAUACUGUUGAGAGGCGGUAA